AGUCGAGUUAGCUCUCUAGUCACAAUGUUGGGACAUCUCAUAAGCUCAAAACGAGACAGUUCAUGAGUUGUAUUAAACGAGCCACCUAAUCGAGCUAGUUCACGAGCUUCACGAGCCGAACAAGGUAGAGCUCAAGCUCGGCUAAUCGAGCCUUUUUUUAAUCGAACGAGCUUUUAUCGAGUUCGAGACCGAGCCGCUCACGAAUACCUCGACUCAUUAACCGCCCUAGUCGAGGUCUAAGGGCUGGGCGAGGGCGUGUGCGUUAGCUAACUAGGGUUUCAGCGGAAGAAGGAAAACCAACUAAAUUUAAAGCUAAGCUAGGGUUUAGUUUCUCCAGCGAUCGAGGCGCCGAUCGAUCGAUCACCACGUACGAUGACGGAGUUUAAACGCGCAACAGCGAGUCGUGAUGAUGAUCACUUCCCGGAGGACCUGAUGGACGGAAUCCUGGUGAGACUUCCGUCAUCCUGCCUCCGCCGCUUCCUGUGCGUCUCCAAGUCAUGGUACCGUCUCCUCUCAAACCCUAACUUCAUCUACCGACACCUCUUCUUCAUCCACAACGACUACCGUCGCGUCCCCGAUGACAUCAUGUCUCGGAUCCCAAUAAUUUCGAGGGAUAGUAAUCUUCGUUAUUGUUCCCUCUCUUGCGAUUCUUCAAGAAUCGAAGUCGAAACCCCCUUUCGCGAUCUGCCACUGCCAACAGUAGCUGCUAACCCUAGCGUGUUUAGGUCGUAUUAUCACAAGCCGCCGAUCGUUAUGGGCGCGUGUGGCGGCUUGAUUUGCGUCCGCUACACGGGCUUCCACAGGAACCGUAUCGGUUUGUUCGAUCCGGCCACAUCCGAGAUGAAACUGCUGCUGCCCAAAGUAAACGACGACGAGUUCCCCUUCCCUGAGUACAACACGUAUUGGAUAGCGUACGGUUUCGGGUUCGACCGGGCGACCGGCGAGUACAAAGUGGUUAGGGUUCGUAAGCUCUCUGGCCACGCGGGGAACAGAACGUCCUCCAUUCAUGUAUGGAGCAGCACUAGCGUGACAGACUCGUGGCGGAAAGUUGAGCAUGAUCGUGGUGUUGGCCACAGUUUGCCCCUAGGUUCAUCGGUUUCGCAGGAGGAGAUCCCGCAGUACUGUCCUGCGGUGAGGCUGGGUGGGAGAAAAGGCAAGUGUUUCUGGGCAGGAUGGAGGACAACGUAUCUUAGAGUGAUUUCGUUCGACAUGACCCGUGAGGCGCUGGAGGUGAAAACCCUAGCCACGCCUCGCUGCUGUGAUGAGCAUCGGCUUCCUAAAAAUGCUGACGAGCCCCGCGUUUUCAUGUUGAAGGAGGAGACGCUUGCCAUCUUCCACGUGCAUGGCUACUCGAUUUCAUUUGACAUAUGGGUACUGUUGAAUAAUGUUGGAGAAUCUUGGUCCAAGUUGUUUACCAUUCCCACUACUUCAUGGAGUUCAAUGCUAAUGAGGCCCAUAGGACUGUCGAGAGAAGGGGAAGUGAUUCUUUGGGGUGCUCAUGCUCCGGCGGAACUGCAUGUCUUGGAUCCUACCACGGGGCAAAUGUAUGCUCUGCCAAUUGAAGCUUCGAAUUCUCGGUAUCCUGUACAGCAGCUUGCAACCUACGUUCCAAUGGAGCUGCCGUUGUUCGGAUGAAGUGAAAUCAUAUUUUACGUACACUAGUUUUAUGUUGUUAGCUUCGGUUAGAAACAUGGAUGCU